UUGAUUGAUGCCUUUUUGGCUUUUGGCAUUAAGUUGAAGGAAUUGGUUGGGAGUUACAAGAAUUUAACCUCAGUCUUACUUCUCCUUGUAAACUGUGACUGUGUCAGUAUGAACAAGAAAGUGGUUCAAUUUUUCUCCAUUCUUGUCCUUUUGGUUACUAUUUUCCACACAUUAUCUCUGAGAUUAUUCAUCUUGAGUCAUUACAUUACUUUACACAACAUUACGUACAAGGGAAAGAAAAAAAAAACAAGGCAAUGAAGAAUGUAUGGAGCCAAAGACAAGUUGUGACAAGGACAUUGUCAUUUAGUUUUAAGACAAAAACUGCACAAAUAUCAAUAAACCUAACUAAACUUUCAAUGGGAGAACAUGUGACACAUGCUUAGGGAUUUGGAUUUUUAAGGGUCUAAAUUCAAUCUUUAAGCAUUGGUCUGGCUGAAGUUUCUCUUAUCCGCACUCUCACCAUUACGGGGAGGUACUCCGUCUUCCGUUAUUCCCUGGUGUCCAAGCUGAUAAAUUUUGUCUCUGCUGAUUGCAAGUGUAUCUCCUUACAUUGCUCAUCUUUUCAAAGUCUUGAGGACUGGGCUUUGAAGGAUGAAAUAUUGACGGUGAAUUGCUUUCUAAAGGCAGCUUUUAUUACCUUAGCGCAAGCUUUUGGAGGGUAUCUCUUUACUGUUAUGUGCAGGUCUCAGCCAAAGCAUUUUUUCACAGGGAAACCUUGGUCACACGUUGAUGGACCCAGUUUUCUUUCCUUCAAGCUGUCGCAAGAUGUUAUGAUGUUCUGGAAUGACUCUUUCCCUCGUUUUGAGGAUGUUACACACCCUUGGAGUUUCAGGGUGAAGUUCGUUUUACCUCUGUAUGAGGAAGUUACUCUUUGUAGUACCACUUUAUUACCUCAUUGCGAGGCUGCUACAUGGAAUUGUGUCUUUGUGGCUAUGGAUUCUAUUGUAUCAGACUGGUCUACUUGGCUAUGGUGGUCCUGCUCACAGCUAUUAGGCUCUUCAGCUUCUUCAUCUGCAACAUCAAUUGGACUCUCAAGUCUCCCGUGUCUUUCGGACUCAAUUGUCCCCUGUUUUGCCCUACGCUUAGGGAUGGAUUUGAAUGAGAUCACAGGUUUCUUCAUCUUUGAAAACCUUGUCACUCUCUUCACUCCUUUAUCUUGUUGUUCUAAUUUAUGCACAGCAAUUUGUUUAGCUGUUGCCUUUGCAAAGGGUUUAGUACCCAAACUUUGUUGUUUAAAUACUCUAGUUUGAGUUGAGUAUGAAAUGAAACUGUUGACAAAAAAAAAAAAAGCAUUGGUCUGUGUGUGAUUAGUUAUGUUUUCUUUGGUGUCACCUUGUCUUCUUUCAUUUGGUGUCCAAAUUGCAUAUGAAGACAAGUCUAUCGUUAUCAAAGUUCAAACAGACAAAGAUAUCAAAGUUCAAGACAAUAUUAUUGAUAUAUUAUAUAUCUAUCACAUGUGUUUGAAGUCAUUUUGCAUCUCAUGUUUCAAGUUGUUCACAUUGGUAGAUGAAGCUUUUCAUUGAAUCCAAAAGCCAGGAGAAACAAAUGAAAAACUAGAAAAUAGUACCAAUGAUCUCUAUGACACUCCUUUGCAUCCACCAUAACAUUCUUCCUCCACAUACUACAUUUGCCUCUAAAUUCCCCAACUCCUUAAUUAACCUCCUGAAACAAAUGACCAAACAAAACACAUCUUAUAAUCUAACAAAAAUAAAAACCUUGGGAAUACAAGAUUAUGGCGAUUAGGAGAUGAAAGCAUAAGAGUUUGAAGCUUGUUUACAACGUCAACACUUGUUUCUUCUUCAGUUUCCUCUCAUUUUUGGUCAGCCUAUACGGAAUGCAUCUGUUCAAAAGUGUAGCCAACACUAACCAAUCAACGAUUUUUGCUUUUUCUGAUUUUAGUUUUUCUUUUGUAUUUAUGAGAAUUAAAAAUAUAUCUGAUUACGUUUUCUGAUUGUGUUGGAUAAUUUUUUUUUUUUUUGGUAAUCUGUGUCAGAUAAUUACGUUUGUUUAUUUAUUUAAUCUGAAAUCCAUUAUUAAAUUGAUGAAACUAAUACAUAUCAUCAUCAUCAUCAUCAUCAUCAAUUAAAAAAAACUUGAAAUUAAAUUGAUAUGAUAUAUCAUGUUUGUUGCAAUUGAUGAUAAUACGUUUCAUAUUCGUACUAAUCCUGCUCUGAUUGGUCGUCACCAUCUGUUUCCACUGACUCAUGAAGCUGCGGAGAGAUGACUGCAGCAUAUGCAAAAUGCUAUGGACGAGUCGACCGAGAACCACUUCACAAGAGACACAGAGACGAAGAAGUCAACGGUGAAAGGGAUUGCAUGCAUCAUCAUAACGAGAAGCGAGCUACAGCCCCAUCAUCACUACCAAACGAUGUCGUGGAAGAAAUCUUCAUAAGACUUCCCGUGAAAACCCUAAUCCGGUUCAAGUCUCUCUCAAAACAGUGGAACUUGAGGAUCAAGUCUCACAGUUUCGCAGAAAAACACUUGAAGAUGGCCAGUUCAUACCAAGUGAAUCAUCCUAGUCUCAUGCUUUUUUUCCCCAGCCCAAUCACUAGCACAGAGAUUGAGUUUCAUCCAUUCUGCUUAGAAGGUCGUCGUCCUCUAUCCCACACUCAACUCAGUUUCCCUUUAGGGUUCCUUGGAUGGAUCCACUAUUCCAGAAGCUGUGACGGUCUUUUCUGCAUACAGUCCUCAAAAUCUAUUUGUGUAGUUAAUCCAGCUACUCGUUGGUUCAGAUAUCUUCCUCUGUCUGGGUAUCAGAUUUUGAAUCCCACCUACCUUCCGGCGAACCUAAUCACUGCUGCAGCAUUCGUGAAGGCCGCUGAUUACAAAUUAGUGUGGUUGUAUAAUUCUUUUCCAUUCCCUCCAAACGGAGUCACCACUUGUGAGGUUUUCGAUUUUAGGGCAAACGCUUGGAGAUACUUGACAUGUACGCCAAGUUACCGCAUUUAUGGCUGCAUUUAUUGUGAGCCAGAGUCUGCCAACGGGUCAGUUUAUUGGUUCACGGAACGAAAUAACAACUACAAAAUGGACGUAAUAGCUUUCGAUAUCCAUACUGAAAAAUUUCGGUUGCUGCCUAAGAUUCAUUCGAGUUCAGAUCCUGAUCUUAACGACCAUCGUAGCAUGUGCACUCUGGAUGAUCGUUUGUGUAUAUUGAUAACCACCAGUAUACUAGACAAGGAGUUUUGGAGAUUAAAGUCAUCAGAAGACAUGUGGGAGAAGAUUUAUACGAUUAAUUUUCUUUCUACUCCACUCUCUUGGAUUGGCAGUGAGUCUUAUUGGAGACCGGUGACAAUGUGGAAGAAGAAGAAGAUGUUGCUCUCACAUCCAUGUUCAGGGAAUCUGGUAAUAUACAAUCUCCAAACAGGAUCUGUCCGUAUAAUCCAUUCACAUACACUUUGUAUGCCAUAUUUUGAGAGUCUGAUCUCUCAUAUAUAGAAUGCUUUUGAUCGAUUAUAAGCAUAUUUGGAAGUAUGUAAGAAUCAUAACAUUUCUUUAUGUUUUAUUGAUUAUGUGUUUUGUUUCU